AUGCAACGUUUCAGAUGGAAAAAUCAUUUGGAAUUUUAUGGUGGGUCUGAACACGAUAUUACUAUUUCAAGACAUUCAGGUUUGGUUGAUGGUGAAUUUAAUUUAGAGGAAGAUGAAAAAAUUUUGGCUUUCUAUUAA